GCUGGAGGUACCAGCCCCUUAAGGAGUCCUGCUUUGUCACCAUGAAAGCUCGGCUGGGUAGCCUCCUAUUCCUUGCCACCAUGGUGAUAGCAUCCAAAGCAGAAUGCACUAUUGACAAGAGAUUUCCAAACCAAACGUCUGAUGAAUGCGUGGAUGCUGAGGGUGGCAAGCAUUUCCUCAACACUUCCUGGAAGAAGAACUGUUCGUGGUGUUUAUGUGAGAAAACGUCCAUCACCUGUUGUAGCAAGAUUGCUAGGCCUGUGAGAUAUGACAAAGACAAGUGUGAUGAACAAUUCCAUCCAGAGAACUGCACCUAUACUGUGGUGGAACGGAUGAACCCAGGAAAGACCUGUCGAGUCCAUAGCUGGAUAAUGUAAAUGUGCUUCUUGUGGGCCCAAAAGUGGAGCAACAUUUGAACUUUGUAUGAUUUAAAUUUACCAUUUAUAAGCUUGCAAGGAGGUGACCUAUAAUCUUAGCACUCAGAAGGCAGAGGCAGGAUGUCUCAAAAAACUCAAAUAAACAAACAAAUAAAUAAGUUUGCCAACCAUAUGUGCAUUAACUUAAUGCAACCAAA